UUUGUACCAGUCUUUGUGCAGACCUUCCGUCUUGCUCCGGUCUACCAGCUGAGAAGCACACGCCAGUACGAUGUUCAGCUUCAAGCCGUUUCUCCUGCUGUUGGCUUUGUGGUCUUGCCUGUUGUUAACGGACGCAAAACGCCGAAAACAGACGCUCACGAAGAAGACUCCAAAGUUUGGAACACUGUCCGAAAGGGUCCUUAGGAGAGAGUUUCAAGACUUUCUCAGUAAGAAACUGCUCGCUCUAACAGCGGGGCCAUCAGCUAUAUAUGCUACGAAACUACGGCGAUUCGCCCGCCUCUUCGACCUAAACAGGGACGGCAUAGUGAGCAAAGCGGAAGUCGUUGGGGAGACGGUGCAGGAAGCAAACAGCGCAUUAGACAAGGAAACGGCUGCCGAAGUUGCCGACACUGUAACCGAGGCAUGGAAAGCCGUGUUCGCGGUGCCCGAGGAAGGACUGAGGAUUGACUCUGAUGAUCUCGUUAAGAGAGCCGGCAAACUAUGUACCAGUGAGGACAGGAAGAGGGAACUCAGGAUCUGGGCGAGAAGCGUCUUUGAAGAGUCCGACUCGGACCGCAACAGUAAGCUUAGUUCAGCAGAGUACCGGCUGACUUUUGGCAUGUUCCACGUUCCUCCUACCGGCCUCAAGGCGUCUUUCACCGGAGCUGAUGCAAACAAGAACGGCAAAGUGGAAAAGGUUGAAUUUGUCAAUGCAGUUUUAGACUAUUUCUGCAACAAGUCUAAAGAUUCUCCAUUCUUCGGCCCGUAGGUAAAAUGAAAUUAUAAAAUCGGACUUGACCUGCUUCUGCGCUUUAGAAAUUUCAACAGGCAGAGAUCAGAUUUGUUUUUACAACAUGGAUAUGGACUUUUUUACCGAUGAUAUACGUUACUGUUUUGCCUACUACUACAGUUACUAGUAAUAAGAAACUACUUGUUAAUGACAUGUUUACUUGUUCAGUAAAUCGCCUAUACGUUAAAAAAAAUCCCUCAGUAAUAAAAUCUA